AUGCGGCCAUUUCACACAUUAUCUCUUGAUAGCGUGCCUAACGAUGCCCGCGUUGUAGUGCCCCCGUCCACACAUAUAACUCCCACGAAUUUCGAGGAUGGCUCAAAUGUAAUGCAUCUUGCAUCCAAAGAUUUGGUAGUCGUUCAACAGUCUUCGAAAGAAGCUUGGGUGAACGUUGGCGAUGAGGCCAUCAUAGUCGUGUCUGUUGAGCCUGAAAGAGAUCAGCAUAACAGCGAGCCUACGAAAGUGAGACCAUCUGGGAUGACGGAUAUCACCCCUGGGCCGUGGAGAAUAGCAUCAGCAGAGGAAGUCCCGGAAAUUUUGUUCGAAUUUCUUUUAUUGCGCCGACGCUACAACUUGACGAGGCAGCUUGAGGUCUCAGGACGGGCCGGCUCAAAGAGGAAAGACACUAUGGCAAACGAAACUCUAUCAAGCCGUGGCAAGAGUGCAAAAGUCGCCGAUGAUAGAAGAGUCUUCUUGCUCAAUCAACCAACUCAGAACCGAUUGACAUCGGACAGCACGAUGACUAUAAACGCGGGCAACCCUCUCAUUGAGCUGGAGCCUGGGGCAAUACUUUCCGUCAAAUCCGCCAACGAGACGAAAUCCACAAUUCAGGAAACAACGGAAAACUACUCAAUUGUGAGCAUGCGCAACAUCGCUAAGAAGAAAGGACUUAGGUCGGUUUUCCGCGCAGAACACUCAAUUUUCGGUGAUAUUGUGGUGAAAGUAGUAACGGAAAGGACUGGGCCAGCUACGUCGAUACCAAGAAUGGCACGAAACUGGCUGAAUGAAGUCCGCAGCAUGCGUGAUCAUGAUCAUCCUGCCAUCAUUAAGUUUUAUGGCUUGUCCGUGGACGGAUGCAGCCAGUCGCUAUUACUUCCCGGUGCCUUAGAAGAUGCAGUCAGCGUCUUCAGUGGCAAGGCUUCCGCCCUCAAAUAUCUUCACGACAAAAGGAUUAUUCACAACGACAUUAAACCGGCCAAUGUUCUUUACGAUCCCGCACGAGGGCCCGUGCUCAUCGACUUUGGUCUUGUUACUACCUUUAGCGACCCGCCUGUGAAGGGAGGUACGCCAUGGUACAUUCCAAGAGAAUUAUUGUACACCAACUCCAGGGGCCCUGAGAGCGAUGUGUUUGCGUUAGGCGUGGUAAUGCUAUAA